AUGUUUAAUUCCUUUUUUAAGAGGAAAGCGACUGAACUGGAAGCGCCAAAUGGGGGAAAUGAAAACACAGAGGGAGAAAAUCCGAAGGGAAUAAAUCACCAUGGUGAUGGCAAAGAGGGUUAUGCGAGGAAGGAUGAUGGACCCUCUGAUGGCGAUAGGGAAAGAAAACAACAAGAUAGAAGAGAACAUAACGACGAGGGGGAAUGCAUCCGCGAGGAACCAAAUGAUGUUUCUCCUAAGAAGAGGCAGGAUGGAAAAAUGGACCUACAAUCCAGUUAUGCACAUCGCAGUAGUGACGCUAACUCUCCUGACCCACGCGGCGCGAACAUGGAGAAAGUGAACGACGACCAGCCUAAUGCCCUCGUUGGCAGUAUCAGCGAUAUUAUGAGUGCAGAGGGGAGCUCCAGCUCGUGCGCCAAGUCGGAAAGGAGCCGAGACGGGCACAGCCGAAAGCGCAGGAGGAGAGGCAGAAGCGGGGGAAAAAGCAGGAGCAGAAGCAACAGCAGCGGGAGAAGCCGAAAUCGAAGCCGAAAUCGAAGCCGAAGCAGGAGUCGACACAGGAGGAGGCGCAGAAGCCGAGACAGACACAGGCAUCGGCACAGACAUCGGCACAGGAGCGGGGGCAAGGGCAGCGACCGAAGCAGCGACGAGGACAGGGAGAAAGAUCGAGAUAGCGGUAGACAUAGGCAUAGACACAAGCACAGACAUAGGGACCGACACAGAGAUCGAGACAGAGAUCGAGACAGAGAUCGCGAUCGAGAGCGACACCGGGAUCGCAAUCUCGACAGGCACAGACACAGGCACUGGAGCCGAAGUCGCAGUAGGCACAGGCGCAGGGAUAGGGACGGCAGUGCGAAGAGGCUCUCCAUCGGCAGGCACGACAGAAGCAGCAUAUGCAGUGCGCCAAACUCUCAAAAUCAGGACAGGCCUGCCAGGAGGAACAGCUCCCCCGGAAGCGACAGCAUCGAUGCCAGAUACAAUGAUGUAACAAAACGGAGUGGCAGAUACACACAUAAUGAUAAUGCGUACCCUUCUGGGGAGUACAACUUAGAGCACAGAGCUAGCCAUCAUGGAAACGCAAACGAUAAAUUUGCUGGAGUACAGCAACAAUUAAAUGAGAAUAGAAAAUAUAGUGACUGCUCUGAUGGGGAUAAUGAAGAAGAUUUGUCUGAAGGGGAAAUGUUAAAAAAAGUUAUGGGAAUAAGUGAAUUCAGCACGACAGAUAACAAAUGUCAUAAUGAGACCGACUUGUCUGGCAUUAAUCGAAGGACGAAAAGGAAGUAUCGCCAAUAUAUGAACAGACGGGGUGGCUUUAACAGACCACUGUCCCCCGCCUUUUAG